AUGCCGUCCGCGGUGUCACGAUCCCUCCCCGGAGUCUCAGAAAUAGCCACGGCGCUGCCGUUAAUAGCCUCAAUCAUCGACGGAAAUGACACACUUGCCGCCCAGCCGGAGGACUUUGAGCCCAUCCACGAUCCUCAUCACACGGGUCAAUUUUUCCACUUUGACGAGACGGGAGCGCCACUGACGAUUUUGGCCAUCAUCGCGUUGAUCGGGUUUUUGAAGACAGCCCUAAUUAAAGCCCGAGGCGUGCCCCACUCGGUCCUGUUGCUCAUCUUCGGCUCAGCCGCCGGCUUCAUAUUAACACGGGUCAUCACACAAGACUUAUAUCUGCGUCCACAAUGGUUCUUCUACUACAUGCUGCCCCCAAUCGUGUUAGAAGCCGGGUAUUUCCUGAAGAACAAGGACUUUUUCCACAAUCUCGGCACAAUUACGCUGUUUGCUGUGAUCGGGACGAUUAUGAAUACGGCAAUGAUUGCCGCCAUGCUCUACGCGGUUCGCGGUUGGUUCACCAUCAAUUUGUCGUUGCUCGAGAUCACGCUGUUCUCAAUCCUGAUCUGCGCUGUAGAUCCGGUCGCUGUUUUGUGUGUAUUUGAGGAUAUUCACGUCAACGAGCUGCUGUACAUUUGCGUAUUCGGAGAAAGUCUGCUCAACGAUGCCGUCACCAUUGUUCUGUUCAACACCGUCUCCUCGUUGGUGACAAGUUCGACCGGCGGCGCAAAUCAGAUCACGAUCGGUGCAGCGGAGUGUGGACAAGCCUUGGGGCAUUUCUUCCGGGUAUCAUUAGGCGGAAUCGGAUGCGGAGUAGUUGGCGGAUAUCUUACAGUGCUAUUUAUGAGAUUCCUCGUCACCUUCCAAAUAGCCCAGCCCAUCAACCUCAUCGCUUGCCCGAUCGUGUGCUAUUUGUUGACCGAAAGCAUGCAUUUAUCGGCAAUUCUAUCCCUCGUCGUGAUCGGUAUCAUCAUGAAGAACUACAUGCCGGGCAACGUCUCCGAUCCGAUGGUGUUUACUGUGGAAUACCUGCUGAAGAUGGGCUCGUCGUAUUCCGAAUCCCUGGUCUUCGUCUUCCUCGGAGUUUCCGUUGUCUCCUCGAACCACCAGUUCGAUUUCUGGUUCGUCAUCUGUACACUGACCGGAUGUUUAGUUUUCCGGUUUAUAGUCGUCUACUUCCUCAGCUUCAUGGCCAACAGGUACCGCGCGGAGACGGAGCGUAUCAGCAUCGUCGACCAGUUCGUGAUUGCUUAUGGAGGAAUUCGAGGAGCCGUCUGCUACGGUCUCGUCAUGGCCAUCGACGAGAACUUUUUCCCGGCUAAACAAAUGUUUGUCACGACAACGCUGGUCGUCAUUUUCUUCACUACGAUUGUUCAGGGCUCCACCAUCAAGAAACUUGUCGAGUGGUUGAAGGUCAAGCGCAGCAAGAACUUUGGAAAAGAAUCCGAGAAGAAGCGAGUCAUCGACUACUUCUUCGGCGAGACCAACAAGCAUCUGAUGUUCUACAUUGAGGACUUGAUAGCGCACCAUGGACAAAAUUGGUUUUUCCGAAAAUUCCUUGAGAAAGACCGAAAAUGGAUCAAGCCGUUUUUGGUGGCAAACUACAAGCAUUUGGAUUGUCAAAUUGUUGUGCAGCACCAGCGGCUUGAACUUGACGAAUAUGCUUGUAAUAUCAGAGGCCAAGGCGGCUCCUUCGCGGGUCUCCCCACCGUCUCCUCCCUCGCCGACAUGCAGCUCCACCCCGGCCUCCCCAAGUCGAAAUCCGAGGCCCUACUGGCACCUCGUAUCCUCGACCCGUACGCGCGC